AUGGUCCUCACAACUCGUCCAACAAAUGCUUCACGGCAUCCUGGUGCAAUCAUCCUGGUGAAUACCCGUAAAAGACGCUCCAAAGCUGAAAUGGCCAAAGAGAAACAGGUUGCUGAUGCCGCUGCUGCCGCAUCUGCUGAAGAGAAAAGCAAUGUAAUCAGCAAGAUCGCAAUGCUAGAAAAGCGGCUCAACAACGAGGAGCGUGUCAAGCAACAGCAGGUGGCUCGGCCCCAAGGCCGUCUUGCCAAUUCAAACCCAUCCUGGCCUGCAAAUCAAUCAGCGAUAGUUCAGACACAUCGAGAUGACCAAGCCAUAGACGAGAACAAUCAGCAGAGCGAUAAGGAUAUGGUGCUGAUCACUCACAAGCAUGUGAAAGCUCCAACAAAGAUCAGUCGAGCUGAUAUUCAAGCAGCUACUGAUCGGCCCCUUGUUGCUUUGGCCAAUCCAAGCACAAAAUUGAGAUCUAAUGCUGAUAAGAACAUCGUCUCAACGGGGAAGAGAGGGGCCAGUGCAGUCAGUACUAGAGACAAUGAACGUGUUGUAAAGAAGGCUAAACCGGCACAUCCCUCAGGGCUCAAGGGGAGCUGGUGUGACCAGUCGAAAGUGGGACUCACAAGACCGAAAACAGCUGACACCACCAAGAAGCCUCCGACCAUGGUUUUGAGGUCAACUAAUGACAUCCAAAUGACAAGAAAUGACCUACCGUCAGAGCAACUGAAUGAAGGUGCACCUGAGUAUGCUCCAGGAGGUUUUGCUGAGGAUGAGGAGGAUGAGGAUGAGGAGAGAGCAGUCGUCAGAAAGGAAGCAAAGCGCACAACAUCAUCAACUAUUGUCAAGAUAGAACCCAACCGCACCUCAAAACCCAAGUAUCCACAGGGAGGUCAGCCUAGGAUGGUCAAGAAAGAAAAGGCAAAGAUCGAAGAUCUUCCUGCCGGCAGCUAUGGGCGAUGGCUAACCAAGUUCAUCCCUAGCUGUGAUGGUUUUCAGCUUGCGGGGCAAAUGCAAAAAGUCUGGGAUGAGGUUUACCCAGACAUCCCCCACACCAUUGAGGCUCGUGGCGACACCUUUCAUUUGGCUCAGCAAAAAGUCUACGAAUGGCGUAGCUUCUUUGGAAGCAUAGCGAUUGAUGUUGUGACCGGCUAUUUCAACAGGGAGAACCUUCACACUUCAGAGGCUCGAAAACAGGUCCGAGGGAUAUAUUCGGGAAGCUUUGGGGAGAUACCAAACAGCGCUAGACAAGUACCAAAGACGCUGACUUUUACCGAACACGGUCGGUCCCCACCCGACCGACAACAAGCCACCGAAGGACGAUUCGGCAGCACUUGGAGUGUUACGAUAGGUGUGUACGAGAUCGGAGCCAGUAUUCCGUAUCGGCCGAUGUCCUCCGUGAGUCAAUUGGUCCUUAUCGCUUAUCUUCCCGACUUCUGCAUGGUCGGUCAAACGCGAUCUUGCACCAUUGCUUGGCCACCCUGGUCGUACAAUACCUCUCCUUUAUUUUUCAUUGGUUCUCCAAUGCCUGUUCCUGCUACCUACACUCGGGCGACGGAUCCCGAACGUUCGGGAUUUCAACAUCACUGA